UCCAUUAACCCCUUAUGGCCAGUGAUUUAGAGAGUCUAGACUUAUGUGUACCAUCAACCAAUAACGAAGACUUCCCACAAUAUCCCCAGAAUAUACAACGUUUUAAUGUCAACGAAAUAAGUUACAAUGAUUUCUAUUGGCUUUAUAUGGAACGUAAUAUACCGGUUAUACUGGAACAGGUGUCCAGCAACUGGGAAUGUCGCAAUUGGAUAAACACUGAAACUGUUGCCGAUCCGACGGACUCUUUGGUUACAGUUACUAACAACAAGACUAGUAUUAACUAUGACUACCUCAAGGAAAGAAUUGACAACACUCUGGUACCAGUGGCCAAUUGUGCAGUGGAAUAUUUUAAUAGUCAUGCAAAGAGUGAAAUGUUAUUUUAUGAUUUCUUAAAAUACUGGCAGGAGGAGGAGGGAAAUGCACAUCAGACCAAUCCCACUGAAAUAAGCAACCGGAAAGGAAAUUCCACCGAUCUAUUGUACCUAAAAGACUGGCAUUUGAAGGCUCAGAAUUCCAACUAUGACUUCUAUAAAGUUCCUAAACAUUUUGCCUCCGAUUGGUUGAAUGAACAUUUAUUGGCCACCAAUAGUGAUGAUUAUCGUUUUGUUUAUAUGGGACCAAAGGGGACAUGGACACCUUUUCAUUCGGAUGUUUUUGGAUCAUUUAGUUGGUCAACAAAUAUUAUUGGUAUCAAAAAAUGGCUACUCAUGCCACCCGGCGAAGAACUAAAACUCGCCGACCGUUUAGGCAAUUUGCCAUUUUCUAUCAAUGAGCAGCUGCUAGAAGAACAUAACGUCCAUUUUUACACGCUAAUGCAGAAGGAAAAUGAAUCAUUAUUUGUACCCAGUGGCUGGUAUCAUCAAGUAACCAAUAUCACCGAUACCAUAUCCGUCAAUCACAAUUGGUUUAAUGCCUGCAAUUUAGAACGUAUUUGGACAAAUCUCUCGCAACAGAUGCAACGUGUCGUGACCGAAAUAGAUGACUGCCGUCAAAUGGAUAAUUUCACGGAACAUUGUCAGACAAUGUUGCGUGCAAGUUUUGGGAUAAACUACCUCGAUUUUAUACAACUACUACAAUCAAUAACCGAAAGACGUUUGUCGACGUCAUCAUCGUCUUCCAAAUUAAUAUUUUUUGAUAAUUAUAUACCAAAUGAUUAUCAUAUAGAACAUGAUUUGCAACGCAUUGUUCAGGUGGUCGACUUAAUGCUACAGGAUUCGGUUAUUUGUGAUGAUCGUAUAGUUUUAUAUCGUAAAUGUAUACAAUUAAAGGAAACACUUAAUGGAUAAUUUAUAACAUCAUCAGCAUUAUC